CACGUGUGGUUUUCUUUAUGUCAGAUCGCGCUUUGAGGAAGUGAAGUUGAGUCUGGCUUCGUCACGGCCAGGAAAGGCUGGCUGUGGGCGAGCUGACGCUGGGUUCGUCUGUUUGAAGCGGCAGCCGAGGUUUGGAUGGAAUAAGGAGUCGGCAGGAAAGAUGAACGAUCGCUGGUACCAUGAGGACAUCUCCCGGCCCAUGGCCGAGAGCCUACUCGCUAAGGCGGUUCAGGACGGCAGCUUCCUGGUCCGGCACAGCGAGUCCUGCGAAGGAGCGUUAGCCUUGUGCUUGCUAUAUGAAAACUGUGUCUACACUUACAGGAUUUUUAUAAAUGAGGAUAAUUUGUUGUCUGUUCAGGCCUCUGCGGGGAUCAAGCCCAAGAAUUUUGAAAAGAUGCCAGACUUGAUCGAGUAUUACAAACAGGAGAACACGGGGCUGGUGACGAACCUACGGUAUCCGGUAGAAAGAGCGGAAGAAGUGGAUGGACAGGAGGUGGCAGUAGGUAACAAAGGUGCGGUGGGAGUGUCCUUCAUGUUUAACGGUACAUCCUUUGGAUUUGUGAACAGUCACCUGACCUCAGGAAGUGAGAAAAAGCUAAGGCGGAACCAGAAUUAUAUCAAUAUCCUGCGUUUUCUGAACCUUGGAGAUAAGAAGUUAGGUCCAUUUGACAUUACCAAUCGGUUCACACAUCUAUUCUGGCUUGGUGAUUUGAACUACAGAGUGGAGCUUCCAACACAGGAGGCUGAGAAUAUCGUGGAGAAGAUCAAACGACAGCAGUACCAGGAGCUACUAGCCAAGGACCAGCUGAUCGUGGAGAAGAAUGACAAGAAAGUUUUCCUUCAAUUCCAGGAAGAAGAGAUCACCUUCCCUCCAACUUAUCGUUAUGAUCGUGACAGCAGAGAGAUGUACAACUACAUCAAACAGAAGGCUACAGGACUAAAGUACAACUUGCCAUCCUGGUGUGAUCGAGUGCUAUGGAAAAGCUACCCCAAAGUACACGUCAUGUGUCAGUCUUAUGGCUGCACUACAGAUAUUGUCACCAGCGACCAUUCACCGGUAUUUGCAACUUUUGAGGUGGGAGUGUCAACACAGUUUGUAUCAAAGACUGACCCCAACAACGCUGCCUCUCCAGGUACCAUCAAUUUUAUCAGGUGUGAAGCCAAGCUGAAAACUAAAUCCAAGACCAAAUUCUUCAUUGAAUUCUAUUCCAGCUGCUUAGAAAAUCUCGUGAAAAGUGCUGAAGGUGAGAACCAGGAGUCUAGAGAUGAGAAUCUGACUGUUGUGUGGAGCACUCUCCCUGAGCUGAUACCCAUUAUCUCUGAUCCAGAAUAUUUACUGGACCAACACAUCCUCAUCUGCGUCAAAUCCACCGACAGCUACGAGUCCUAUGGUGAAGGUUGUAUCGCUCUGCAAGCCAACUCAAAUGAGAUAACAUUCAAUAUUCCAUUGGAACACCGUGGCGAGGAGACAGGAACUUUCAGCGGCUCAUACAAACUAAUCAUUUCAGAGCGAAAACAACGAGAGAAGACCUAUGAUUUUAUACAGUUGGAGAAAGAUGAAAUGAUUUCAGCUAAGCAAAGCAAAACAAACACUCACUCAGAGUUUCCAAAAACCUGGGACCGAUCAGGAAGGAUAACCCAGAAAAUGCCAGCACAUCUCUUGGCUCAAGAAGCAGCUGCUAAGGCCCGAGACCGAGUGCCAUUACCGAGCCUCCCAGAGACUACUUCCAAAGACCAUAGCAAGUCCUCAAGCAGCAACCCAGAAAGCUCUCACGGUAAAAACCCGACGAUGAUACACCCGAGGGCAGAAAUCCCUGCGUCGCUGGAGCCGAAACCGAUGCUGCUGAUCAGUAACCCCUUGUACGAAGCAGUCGACCAGACGCAAAGUGACAUCUUGAAGAAAGAGCAGGUCACCCCGCGGAAUCUGAGAAAAGGUGCUCCAGCAACAUCGGAGAAGGUCCCCUCUCCUUACCACCCCUCCGCCAAUAAGCUGGCACAGCCGGGAGUGAGCAAGAAGUUGAACCGGCAGGUGCCGCUCCCCGUGCCCCAGAGCAGGAGCCGAUCGUACACCUGCUCAGAGUUGAGAAGACCGGGCCAAGGGGCAUCCCACUCUGGUCAAGCAGAGGCCAAGGCUCACCAUUUGGUUUCGGGGGUCAUCUCACUUAGUGAGCAGCCCCCUUCACUGGCCAGGCCCCCACUGCCGAUGAAGAGUCAGAAAGUGCUGGAGCUACAACACGCGAUGAAAGACUACAGAGAAACCUCGGUGUUACCAGCUCACCACAAGCAGCACGGCAACGAGGCCUUGGGGCAACAGGCCAGCGUGUCCUGACCAAAGCCCCAGUUGUGGUGAGAUGAAAAUUCCUUGUCAGAAAUUUUCAGAAGAGCGAAGCAUUUCCUGUUUAUCUUUGGCUUACACAUACGCGUGGCAAAUGUAAAUUAUGGUUACCCUAAGGAGAGAAUCAGCAGAGCCGGAUGUCAGGAAUCAUGCCGUGAAUCUCUCACUUGCUUCCCUGUUCUCCUCGAGUUGAAUAGCUGGCUGCCAGGUACAGUUCAGAGCAGGUGAUCAGCAGCUGGAAGGGAGGAGGCUUGAAGAAACCUUCAAUGUUAUAAUAUUUUCAAAAGCGUGUCCCCUUCAAUGGGCAUGUUCUUCACUGGCAUCUGAUAGCCAGUCGUGGAGGAGCUUCACGGUACGAGCUGACCAGAGCACAUUGCAACGUCCAACGUUUGGCUGAACCAAUGGUGACAAGAGCCAUACUCUGUGCUCACCAGCACUAUGGUUCACCUCUGGCAUGGAUGCUUAGAUGAACAGUCCCUUGACACUCCACAGCUGGGCACAAAAAAUCAAGAACUUUCAUUUCUGCAGUGCCUAUCGAACUCAGGAUGACCCAAGGACACUUUUGAAGCGUAGUUGCCGUGUAUUUUUUUCAAACAUGAUAAUUGCUGGCUAGGUCCAUAUUAUUGCUCAUCACGAUUUGUUAAGAGUUAAGAUUCAGUCACAUUGCUGUUGGUCUGGAUUCACAUGUAGGCUAGACCAAGAUGGCAGUUUCCUUCCCUAAAGGGCAUUAAUGUACUGGAAGGGUUUCCUCCAGCAAUGGUCAUUAUUAGACCCUUAAUUCCAGAUUUUGACUGAGUUUCAAAUUCUAACCAUCCCGCUUUACCAGGAUUUGAACUCAGAUCCCCAAAAUGUUACAUGGCUGUCUGGAUCACUAGUCCAGUGACAAUACACUAAGCCAUUGCCUCCCCUUGUAACAUAGGAAAUGUGACAGGCACUUUAUACAGAGUAAGCUCCCACAAAUGGCAAUGUAAUGCUGACUUGAUAAAAGCUGCUGUAGGUAUUUUUUUGAGGAGUACGUGUUGAGAAUCCAGCAAGAACUCCCUGCUUUUCUUCCACUAAGAAGAUUUUCACAUCUGCUUGAAAAAGGAGCCAAAGUUUUGGUUUAAUAUCCCCUCCUGAAAAUGGGAACUCUAGCAGUGCAGCACAACCCCAGUAUUGCACUAGAAUGUCAUCCUAGAUUUUAUCCUUAAAUCCAUGACUCUGUGUCUCAGUGGGAGGAGUACUAUCACUGGAUCAUGGUUGAGGUAGUGGGAAAUGACCAUUGCUGGAAAAUUGUGAGCCAGUGGCAGGGGAAGGACGAGAGGGGUGGGGAUUGUGGAAUGAUUUAUUUGCACUCUGAGUCUUACGUGCCUUUAGAUGUUAUAUUAGCUCAUGAAUUAUGCUGAAUAAUGUGUUUGUGACUGGCCUUGACAUCAAGUUUGCAUUUGACCAAGCGAAGCAUCAAGGAGCUCCAGCAAAACUACAGUCAAUGGGAAUCAGGAGAAAUCUCUCCACUAAUUGGAGUCAGACCGAGAACAAAGGAAGAUAGUUGUGGUUUGGAGGUUAAUCAUCUCAAUGUUGCAGCCAUUUCUUUGCGUGGUGUCCUCGACCCAACUACAUUAAGCUGUUUUAGCAAUGACCUUGCUCUAUCAUAAAUGUUUGCUGAUGACUGUACAAUGUCUAGCCAAAUAAACAGGGUGGCUCCAAGACAGGUCAGAGGUCAGCAAUUCUGCAGCGAGUGACUCAUCUCCUGUUUUCCCAAAGCCUGACCAGCGUCUAUAAGACAAAAGUCGGAAGUGUGAUGGAAUGCUCUCCACCUGCUUGGAUGAGUACAGCUGCAACAACAUUCAACAACAUUAUCCAGGGCAAAUGCAUCCACUUGAUUAGCAAACUGUCUACCAACGUAAAUUCCCUCCACCGCUGUAGUAACAGUGUGUACCAUAUACAAGAUGCAUGGCAACAACUCACCAAGGCUUUUUCCACAGCACAUUCCAAACCCAUGGCCCAUACUACCUUAGAAGGACAAGGACAUGAUACAUGGAUCUUCAGCAUCUACAGGUUCCCCUCCAAGCCAUUCACCAUCAUGACUUUGAAACAUAUAUUAAUAUUCCUUCACUGUUGCUGGAUCACAAUCUUGAAACUCUCUCCUUACCAGCAUUGUGGGAGUCCCUAUACCCCAAGAACUGCAGUGGUUCAACAAGGCAACUCAUCACCACCAUCUCAAGGGCAGUUACUUUUGGGCAACAGAUGACGGCUUUUCUAAUGAUGCCCAUAUCCUGUGGAAGAAUUAAAAAAGAAACUAUGCCUUGUGUUCGAAGGCUUUGCUUCACUAAUACACCCACUUCGACAUGGGAGAUGACCAAUUCCCAGGUGCCAAGUUUUCCUUGCAUUAGAGUCCCAAUAUGCCCCAUCCAAAGAGGUACUUCCCCUAGAGAACAUUGGCAAAUAUCCAUCCCACCCACAACACUACCUCCUCCCCCACCUCACACCAUUUUCUGGUGACUGCUUCCCUGCCUCACAUCAUUUGCCAUCCUGUCUGUCAUCCGUCUCAGCUGCCAUUUUUCCAUUAACUAAAAUGCAAAGAAUGAAGGUAUUUGCAUUUCUGAAGCACCUUUCACAUCCAUUUCAAAGUUUCUCAGGGCCCAUUAACCACGAAUUUGAGUGUAGUUUGGUCUUGUUUAAGGGAGCCGCAGUGGUAAAGAGUGAUUUCCAGUGCUUUUUGCAACUUCCGGACUCAGAGGGGGCAAAUUUAUGUUUUCUGAAAUGUAAAUACUUCUAUUGAGUUUUUAUGGUAUUGUCUUGAAGUUGUAUGAGAACACCAGUGAAGAAGGUUGCAGAUGAAAUAAAAGAUGAUGGAAUCAA